UCCACCUCAUUCAUUGUGAAUCGCAGUGCAGUGCAUAGCAUAAUAGCAAAGAGCACACAGCACAGCACAGUUUAGAACUCAUUAGAUCUCCGUAUUAACUGGGCCAUCACAGAGAGAGAGAGAGAGAGAAAUCAGAUGUCGAGGGGAAGAUCUGAUCCAGGAGGAGGUUGGCUGAGGUGGUGUCUGGUGUUAUUCGCAGUUGUGUCGGCGUUGGGUGUGUGUGGUCCAGCUCUCUACUGGCGUUUCAAGAAGACAAUCUCUCUCCGCGGCGCUUCCACUUCCAACCUCUCCUGCCCUCCUUGCAUCUGCGACUGCCCUCCCCCUCUCUCCCUUUUCCAAGUUGCUCCUGGGCUGGCCAAUCUCUCUGUCUCGGAUUGCGGAGGUAAUGACCCAGACCUAAAGGCGGAGAUGGAGAAGCAGUUUGUGGACCUUCUCACGGAGGAGCUGAAGUUGCAGGAGGCUGUUUCUGAAGCGCACACACGUCACAUGAACAUAACUUUGGCAGAAGCGAAAAGAGUGGCAUCUCAGUACCAGAGAGAGGCAGAUAAAUGCAUUGCUGCAACUGAAACAUGUGAGCAGGCAAGAGAGCUGGCUGAGGCCAAGCUCAUCAAGGAGAGGAAGAUAACAGCCGUGUGGGAGCGGCGAGCGCAGCAAAUGGGAUGGGAAGGAGAGUAGCUAUAAAAAAUUAUAAUCUAUAAUUCUUCAUUGUCAUAAUCGUGUUUUACACAAGCAUGCAAGUCAAGCAAAAUGCUUGAGUUGUCAACCAAUUUAGGUUAAAGUUGUUCUCAUACUCUCUUUGUAACAGUAUCGCCUAUGUCCUUGUAUCAAACAGUUUUUACCUUAUACCAAUGCAUACGCGUCCGCUAUUACCACAGCACAAUAUAUCCUCGUGGACCCAGAAAAUUCAUCGAACAUGUAUACUUUUAUUACUAUUAUACAUUGAACUCUCUCCUUCCAUGUA